AUGACCUCAAUUAUUACUUCCAUCAAGGACCUCAUUGCCUCAAUAUUCGAGGUGAUAUUCUCUGUCAUCAAGAGCACGCUGGGUACGGUGUAUGAUCUACUCAUGGCUUUCGUCGACUUCUUUGCUGGCAUUCCUAAGAUGCUACUGCAUACCGUGAAGGGCAGCCUGGAAUCUGCAGGUGGGAUUGGAACUUUCAUUACCAGCAACAUCAUUGUUAUAGCUAUAAUCGCCCUUGGUGGCUAUGGCUAUCUGGCAUAUCAACGUCGUGAAGGUCGCCCAGUGCACGCUGGGGCCAAGAAGUUGAAUUAA